GUACAGCUUCACACACACUUCAGAGGAUAGUACACAAGUAACCUGCGUGUAAGCCUAAAUCCUCCCCCUUUGGGUCAAGCACAGCUCACUUUGGGGAUCAUUAAGCCCAAAUAUAAUAGUAAGGUAUGUCUGGAUGUCUCACUUGCCCUUGGUGGAUUUCCAUAACGCUGCAGAAGCGAGAGGCAGGUGUUCAGUAAGGGUUUUAUUCUGCUCUCAGACACUGAUCAGAAGCUGCAGCAGAAAUGGCUUUAUACUAUGGUCUUGCACAGAAGUGCUUCAACUCAUGAGGGUGACUAAGGAAUGAAACUACAGUUAGAACCUCAGAGAAGACGAAUCAGAGAAAAAUUGAAGGAAAUCCCCAUGAAAAAAAAAACCACAGCCAAAUCAAUUCUGAUCGUAUGAUUCAAGCUGUAACUGCUGAAAGACCAAGUAUUAUGCAGUUAAGUGAACUAACCAGUAAAUGAAAGUAACAUUUCAUGUUAAUAUUUAACUGAUUUCACAUGACGUUUGGACAUACGGAACAAAAUGAAGGACUUAACCUGAAUUUUCCACGAAGGACAAUGGAUUACACAUGGGAUUUCUUUAUUAAAUUCUGCUGCAAAUAUCUGCCUUCUCUUGUACAAGGCCUGCAUGUUCAGUGCAUACUGAAGAGUACUGCUGACUGUCGCACAGUUAGGGCGUAGAAGCAAAAUGGAUGAAUCUUCCGUCUAGUGUUCCAGAAAAUGGAUUAAUGUGCUGAAGGGGAAAAAUAAGACAUUCUUCCAGCUUGAAAUCCUGUGCUCUCUAGUAAUUUGAAGUAUGUUUAAUUGAACUAUGGGCAGAAGAAAGCUUUUAGAGAGCAAAAAAUGAAGCAACUUGAUGCAACAAAAUCAGGAUUUUUAAUGUGCAUUGGCCUCUGUAUGUUCAUCUUCAUUUUUAUCUAUGUAAGAAACACAUUUUCUAAAGAACCAAGUGAACAAAAAUCCUUCCCAGAUACAGCAGAAUGUGGUGUUUAUCCAGAUGAGCUUUGUUCAGCGCUUUUUGAGGGGAAAAGUGCAGCACCUCAAAUUGGAAAUUCGUGUCAGAUUAUUCACCAACCUGAAAAGCCUGCCUGCAUACUGACUCCAUGCAAUUGCUCUACAGUCUUGAAGACUCUGCAUUUUAUAACAAGACCACUGUCUGAAGAAGAAGGAAACUUCUCCUUGGCAUAUAUCAUCACAAUUCAUAAGGAGUUAGAAAUGUUUGUGAAGCUACUCAGAGCCAUUUAUCUGCCUCAGAAUGUAUACUGCAUACACAUAGAUGAAAAGUCACCACGGGAUUACAAAACUGCAGUGCAAACACUAGUUAACUGCUUUGAAAACAUUUUUAUUUCAUCAAAAAGAGAAAAUGUUGUUUAUGCAGGAUUUUCAAGAUUACAAGCCGAUAUUAAUUGUAUGAAGGAUUUAGUUAAUGCUAAAACUCAAUGGAAUUAUGUUAUUAAUCUGUGUGGCCAGGAUUAUCCCAUCAAAACGAACAAAGAAAUUUUACAGUAUAUCAAAAGUAAAUGGAAUGAUAAAAAUAUUACUCCUGGGGUGGUCCAACCUCCUCAUAUGAAACAUAGGACGCAUCUUAGUUACAAAGAAUAUGUACAUUCAGGAACAUCCUACGUGUAUCCAACCAAGAAUAAGAAAGAUGAUCCUCCACAUAACUUAACUAUAUAUUUUGGUACUGCUUACUAUGUACUCACUAGAAAGUUUGUGGAGUUUACACUGACCGACGUACGUGCAAAAGAUUUGCUUGAAUGGUCAAAGGACACAUAUAGUCCAGAUGAGCACUACUGGGUCACACUGAAUCGUUUAAGUGAUGCUCCAGCUGCUACACCAAAUGCACAGUGGGAAGGAAAUAUACGAGCUAUCAAAUGGAAAGAUCAAGAAGGAGUUGCACAUAAUGGCUGCAAAGGUCAUUACAUCCGAGAUAUUUGUGUCUAUGGACUGGGGGAUUUACAGUGGAUCAUUGAAUCACCUAAUUUAUUUGCCAACAAGUUUGAGUCUACAACAUAUCCACUUGUUAUAGACUGCCUAGAGAGACGCUAUAGGCUUAAAGUACUGCAGCAAGCUGAAGUCCCACUAGAAGCCCACUGGCAUUUUCAGGAAAGUAACUAUUUUAACAUGAAGUUGAAUGUCUGAGCCUACUGAACAUCUAAAAUAUUGAGGGAAAAGAAUGGGAAGAAAUUAGCAAUAUGUCUUUUAACAAGUGCAGAAUUCUCUAUGUAAAUUAUAUUUACGGAAGGUGGUAUUAUCAAUCCAGCUCCUGUUCUGUUGUUCACCAACUACCAUCUCUGGGAACUACAAACUGUAAGAAAGUUCCUAACGGUGUUAAACCCUUAAUUAUUGAAUAGAGUAUAACCACUAUUACUUCAGUACAGACUUCUUUUGAGAAAGUUCUGAAGAAUAUGGACAAAAAGAUCAGAAGACAAAUUUUUAAUACGGGAAGAAGUGGCUUUUCCCCCUACACCUGAAUAAACUACCAUAUGAUUACAUAUGAGACUUAUCACAGAGAAGCAGAAAAUUCAAGCUACUCCUUAAAAUGAUUCAUUCAAUGGGGAAAUCAUUGUUCUAUAUGCCCCUGAAGAAAGCACCAUUCAAAGUUGCUGAAACAGAAAAUAAGCACAGACUGAAGACAAAAUAUUAAGAUUUUAAAGUUAAAGUGGUGUCUAGCUAUGUUCCAGUAAGUAACUUAUUUUGAAUCAAGAGAGAUGUUUAUAUUAUGUACAGUAGUUUUAAAGGGACAGUGUAGGUUGAAAAUAUUCACUGAGUUGUUUUUUUAACCUAAUAUAGAGUUACAAGUAACACCUAAAUUUCUAAAACUGAAAGUCAAGUGAUUGUGUGUGUGUGUGUGUGUAUGUGUGCGCACACGCUAUUUUCUCAGUUUAUUUUGUGUAUUUGUCAGCACUUUGUAUAUAGUCAAUUCCACUGUUUUGCUGAUGGCCUGUUGCACUUCCUGGCUCAUGCACUAGCAUAGCAACAUCACUUAUGCACUGCUCUGGUGGAAGCUUACAUGCAUAUUUUUCACUGGAGGGUAUUUAUCAGUAGCAGAACUGCCGUUAGUUGAGUUUGGAGCUGGGGGGCACUCUUUUCCUGGAUCUCUGAAUGGAACUGGGAAACAAUGGGAGCAUGGACAGGGCAAGAAGGUACAUACAGUACCUGGGGUUUGGGAGCAACUGAAAACUGGGCAACAGGCCCAUACUUCCAUUCCACAGGGUAUGUGCUUGGGGAUAUAUGCAGGCAGCCCACUUCUUUCCAAAACCUAUACAUAGCUGUAGAGUUCAGAGAAUAUCUAGCCACAUAUGGACAUGCACACCACUUCUAAAUCUAUUUGUGGAAUAAAGGAAGCACUGUUCUGCAUCUGGAAGGUGGUGUCCCCAUCCAGACUCUAUAAACAACCACCAAACAGAGGCAGUAGCGCAAGGAUUCCACAUAGUUUUGGGCAAGGACUCGUCUUUGCUUCCCAGGACCCCUCUACUGGUUCUGGGGAACAAAGCAGCUCUUCUCUCCUUAAGCCCCUCCUGGCAAGCCUUACCUCAAUCCUGUGCUGAAAUGACCAGGAGUAUGGGGCACAAGUCUGUUUGGGUGUGUUUGGUGUUCUCAGGCCAGCCCAUUCUCCCUUGAGCAAGAAAUCCGCAUCAGCAGAAGAAAAAAAACAAUUCAGACUAUGUCACUGAUGAAAGGGGUCUCUUGGAGAAACUCUUUUUUUUUUUUUAAGGCCACUUAAAAAAAUCCAAGUCAUCAGUGUCCCUGGAAAAAAAUGUGUGCAGUGGAACCUCAUUCUCAUGACCCCACAUACACUCCUAUAUUUCCUAGAAGUGAAUUUUGACCUAAUAAAAUAUGUACUAUUAUUUAUA